UACAUCAGGUACGGGGGAGCUAUGAAAGAGGACAUCGCUCGCAUCAAGUUUCAGCAGUUGGCUUCUGCCGUCAAGCAUUGCCAUGACUUGGACCUCGCUCACAGGGACCUGAAAUGUGAGAACAUCCUUCUCGAUGAAGACUUCAACAUCAAGCUCUCAGACUUUGGAUUAUCCAAAUUGUUGUCUUGGGAUGAAAAUGGAAGAAUCAUUCUCAGUAAAACCUCCUGCGGGUCUGCUGCGUACGCUGCCCCUGAAGUGCUACAGGGCAUUCCUUGUGACCCCAGGAUUUCUGACAUGUGGAGCCUGGGUGUCAUCCUGUAUACAAUGGUCUACGCUUUAAUGCCGUUUGAUGAUUCCAACAUCAGGAAAAUGGUCUGCAUUCAGAAACGCCAGAGGAUUCCCUUCCCCAACUCAAAAUACCUGACUGCAGAGUGCAAGGACCUCAUUUGCCACUUGCUCCAGCCUGAUGUGUCUCGGAGGUUGUGCAUAGAUGAAGUUUUGAAACACUCCUGGUUGCAGACUCCAGAAUCCCUGAUCCCUUCCCCUCUGCCAGCUGCAAAAGAGGGCGAGUGUUCCCAAAACCUGCGGGAAAGACGGCCUGAGUGCAACCAGCAAGCCAAAUCCCAUUCUGCAGACUGGGGAAGGAGAGGAGAAGGAAACAGGAUCCUCUUCAGGACGGCUGGUUUUAACAAUAUCACAAAAUUAGUCUAA